UGAGAAGAGUUCUCUUGGAGCUGGAUCUUGUUCGGUAGCACUUCAACGCCUGAAGAGACUGUUCAUCACGUACAUGUGUCUAUUUCUGGAGCCCUUUCUGGACCUUGCUGAACUUGGGCCAUGUUUGGCACUGGGCAUUUGGUGUCUCCUCUGUCUUCUGCGGUCUUCCACUCUUCGGCUGCGCAUUUGUUCCCAGUGUUUCCCAGCAGGUUGAGCUCACCGCAGAUCUUCAUCCCCAGGCCUCUGUUCAGCUACGAGCUCCUGCGCAGUUACCUGCAGCCCAAGCCCUACAAACAGGCUCUGCUAUUGGCCGCUCAGUCCACAGGACAACAUGCUGAGAUUAUCGAUGAACCCCGGCCAGUGAAGCAGCGGCGAGCUCGGGCCAACUACAGCAGCUGGCAGCUGGAGGAGCUGGAGAAGGCCUUCGAGAGCACACACUACCCAGACGUCUUCAUGAGAGAAGCCCUGGCCCUCAGACUGGACCUGAUCGAGGCCAGAGUGCAGGUGUGGUUCCAAAACCGCAGGGCUAAAAUGCGGCAACAGAUAAAGCUCCAGAGCCAGGCAGGAGAGCAGUGCGGCCGGUGCGAGAGUGACGACAGAUCGGUAGAUUCGUCCAGCAGAAGCACAGCUCCAGAGCUCCACAGCAGCAGCAGCCCAGGCCGGGACAGCAGGCACGAGACUGGAAGCCCCACUUGGUCCAAACCGUCCUCAUCAGCUAUCCACAGCCCCAUAAGCGACAUGCAUCAGCGGCCAAGAGAUCAGGAGGGGUCAGAGGAGCCCAGUCCAGAGGACUUCCGCUGCUGCAGCAUUGCCAAACUGAGGGCGAAGGCCAGGGACUAUGAGGCAGAGAUCCACAGCACUGUGGCCAAGGCCAGCAGAGAGAGACAGCUGAAGACCCAGGGAUCUGCUGCAGGCCGGGACAGAGACUGAAACAGAAGCAGCCGUUACACAUUACCUCAGAACACGCUAGAAAUCACAUUCAAUGUAUUAUUUAUUAUUAUUCACAAUUACACGAGCAAUAAGGUUAAACAAAGUGACUGAGAGCAGCGAAGCACACAUUUCUUCACUCUCUAGUUGUUUUUGUUUCUUAGAUUCUCACAAUGUCAUGUAUUAUCUGUGAAACCAGUAAACCCUUUUCAAAUUUCUGGGAUUCUCAGAAGCAAAAGUCAUGGUAGUUAAGAAAACUUCAAUAGGGGAUGAACAAACUACAACAAAUCUUUUUUUGUGUGUGUUUUCCCAUUUACCCUAAUAGCAAAAAUACAAUGAUAGUGUUUCUAUGGCUUGACAUGCAAGGGGAAAAAAUCUAGAUUGAUUAGAAAGAUGUCAAAUUUGCCAUCAUUCUCUCAUAAGUUGUUUUAAAAACACCCAGCAGUGUUCAUUUUUAUAUAAUUUAAUAGCAGUGUAAUAUAACACAAUCUGUAGUGUAAUACAUGUUUUAAAAAUGUAAAAUAUAUCUGUAGAAAAGCGUCAUCUCAAUUUUGAAAAGGGUCUGUAUCAACAUAUCACCAAAUGUGAAGCUAAAUGUAUCUGCUCUUUUCUUAAUUUUAAAUGUUUUCUUUAAUUAUUAUAAGGAGCAAUUUCUA